CCAAUUUCACGAAACCUAACCGCGUUGUUGUCUAAUCUGUGUAUACUGUAUACGAAGAAUCUCAUCUGACGAUGAAUAAUUUGUAAAUUUUACAAAUAUCUUCCGAUAAGAAAGUGACAGAAUGAACGCAGAACGACAGCGUGCGUUCGCCGAGUACCAGAAGAUACUGGACGAGCUAAAGACUGCGUUCUACGAGCGAUGGAAGGUUAAGAAAACUGACAACGUCUCCAUGAAGGACUUCGAGCGAUUUCGAACGGUCGGCAGCGGUGCUUUCGGACGGGUUAUACUCGUCAGAUACAGGCCAACUUCCGUCUUCUACGCUAUGAAAAUCCUGGACAAAGCGAAGAUCGUGAAGAUGAAACAGGUGGAUCACACCCACAACGAGAAGAAGAUACUCCAGUGUGUUAGGUUCCCUUUCGUCGUUUUCAUGGAGUUCUUCUUCAAGGAUAACUCUUACAUUUACAUGGUAUUGCCGUUUAUAAAUGGUGGGGAAAUGUUUACUCAUCUAAGGCGAAUGGGGAAGUUCGAUGAAUCCCUGUCGAGAUUCUAUGCAGCCCAGGUGGCUUUGGCGUUGGAAUACCUUCAUCAUUGCAGCCUGGUUUACAGAGAUUUAAAACCGGAGAAUAUUUUGAUUCAGCACACUGGUUAUAUACGAGUGACGGAUUUCGGUUUUUGCAAAAUGAUCGACGGAAGAACAUGGACCCUGUGCGGCACACCCGAGUAUCUGGCACCGGAAGUGAUCCUGUCGAAGGGUUACGGGAAAUCCGUGGACUGGUGGAGUUUCGGUGUGCUGAUCUACGAGAUGAACGCUGGUUAUCCGCCGUUUUAUUCACGGGAUCCCAUGAAGAUAUACGAGAAAAUCGUUGCUGGGAAAUAUAAAUUCGCUCAUCAUUUUGGCGAAGAGUUGAAGGAUAUCUUGAAGAAUAUACUUCAGGUGGAUCUGACAAGACGGUACGGGAACUUGAAGGGUGGUAGCAUGGACAUCAAAGGUCACAAAUGGUUCCAGUCCACCGACUGGAACCAGAUUUACCAUCAGAAGAUUACGCCCACUUUUAUACCGCAAUGCGAAACACCGGACGACACGAGAAAUUUUGAUCAUUACGAGGAGGAGUCGUUGAGGGUGGAUCAGGUUGAUCGUUUCGCCAAAGAGUUUGCAAAUUUUUAAUUUUAACAUACGAUAUAAAAUAAUUAACGGUAGACGGUUUCAGUUUUUUUCAAAAGUGCAUCGUUGCAUUUAUCGGAAAAUUGAAGUUGCAAGAAGGUUUCCCUCUGCAACUUUCUUUCUAUUUUCAACGAUCUUAAAGAUAUAGUUUAAUAUUGCUCGAAAGACUAUUUAACACUGCUAUGAAUCAGGUUUCGUU